AUGACUCUAUACAAGAAGAGUGCAGCGUAUCUAGCGGACAAGCUAAAAAACCAGGAUACCUCACUGUUGCGUUCGGAGAAUGCGGAUACCAGACUUGAGCAGGAUAUUCUGCGCCGUUGUUACAAGAGGGAUUUGGGAGAAGCAAUAAAACGGUACGAUGCUGCAAGAGAGCGGUUCCGUAAUCUGGAAACAACGCUUCGAAAUCUGAAAAAGCAAGAACCAAGCGAGGUUUACAUGAACCAGCGUGAUCGUCGCCUUCUCGAUUUCCAUUUUGCCAAUUUGGAGUUCGUUAGUGGAGGAACGUUGGAUAAAUUGUCUUUGCAGCACUUCGAUCAGGAUGAUGAGUUUCAGUUCACUGGAUCACAUAUGGCAAGAGUGGAAGUUACUUACAAAUCCGAUGACACAAAAACUACGGUGGAAGGCGAUUGUGCUUGGUGUGCUAUACCGCUGGGUGUUUUGAAGCGUUCAGUUGGCAACUGUAAUGAGGCUCCGAAGUCGGUUUUGAUUCUUUACUCUCGUCCAUUCUGGGAUGUCACUCAGAUUACUGUCGGUCACACUUUGAAUCAUUCAAAGGCAUCCCGAGGAGAAAUGUUUAUGUUUACUGCGCUGAGUAAAGCACCCGUUUUGAUUGCUAUGAUGGCUGGAGAGGCAGCUAAUUUGGAGACGCCGAAUGAGGUCAUAGUCCGAAAGGCCAUGAACGUGUUGGCCAAUAUUUUCGGUUCAGCGUGCCCGAAAGGGCCAGUAGAAGCAGUCAUCACUCGAUGGCAUAAAGAUCCAUUUGCCUCGGGAGCCUACGCUUAUAUACCGUGCGGAAGUGAAGGUUCUCGACGUGCUGUCCUCAUUAUGCGAAGGAAACGGCAUGGCGGUAAGGAGCAGUCAGAAUCUGAUCACUUCCUACCUAUUACCUGGCAAGGAUCUGCUGCUACAAACAGCAAUGAGGGACCACGUCAGCAGGUCGUUAUUGACUGA